CCACAAAGCAAAUAAAGAAAUUAACAAUAUGAGUGAAGAAAACCCCAAUAGGAGCAGACUCCAAAUACUCACUUCACACUUCACUCAUCACAAGAAGUCAGCCAUGGCUUCUGAGAAAGAAGCUGCUCUUCUUGCUGUUCCUUCAGAUUCUCCUACCAUAUUUGACAAGAUCAUUAACAAGGAAAUCCCAGCAGAUAUUGUAUUUGAGGAUGACAAGGUUUUAGCUUUCAGAGACAUAAAUCCCCAAGCUCCUGUGCACAUUCUGCUUAUUCCCAAGGUCAGGGAUGGCUUAACCGGACUUUCCAAGGCUGAAGAAAAGAACUGUGAUGUUCUUGGUCGACUUCUCUACACAGCAAAGCUUGUAGCCAAACAGGAAGGUCUUCUAGAGAAUGGAUUCAGACUCGUGAUCAACGAUGGGCCUGAUGGAUGCCAAUCUGUUUACCAUCUUCACCUUCACCUUCUCGGGGGACGACAGAUGAACUGGCCACCUGGCUAAAAGGACGUCGAGACGAAUUCCAGAUUUCAUCCUAUCAUAUAUGUCAUGUGUGCUUAAAAAAACCCUUAUAAUCUAUGUGUAGCAUUUGAAGAAACUUGUGCUAUGCUCCUAUGGAGACAAAUAAGACUACUCUCGACAAUUAUGAUAUUUAUCAUUUUAUCACUAACACAGAUUCUCUGCA